GACCUUUUGUUUCUCUCUUCUCUAUUAAUAUUAAUUUCCUCAAACUCUCUGAUUAGCUCAUAAUUACUAAACCAAUUUUCUGAUAAACAAUUAUCGACAAAAUCAAUGGGAAGGUCACCUUGUUGCGAGAAGAACGGGCUCAAGAAAGGGCCAUGGACAUCUGAAGAAGACCAGAAGCUUGUUGACUAUAUCCACAAACAUGGUUAUGGUAACUGGAGAACCCUCCCCAAAAAUGCCGGUUUGCAAAGAUGUGGCAAGAGUUGUCGGUUAAGGUGGACUAAUUAUCUCCGACCAGAUAUAAAGCGAGGAAGGUUCUCUUUUGAGGAAGAAGAAACCAUUAUUCAGCUUCAUAGCUUCUUAGGAAACAAGUGGUCGGCGAUUGCGGCGCGUUUGCCUGGAAGAACAGAUAAUGAGAUCAAGAACUUCUGGAACACUCAUAUAAGAAAGAAGUUACUUAGAAUGGGGAUUGAUCCAGUGACUCACAGUCCGCGUCUCGAUCUCCUCGAUCUCUCAUCCAUCUUAGCUUCAUCUCUAUACAAUUCAUCUUCACAUCAUAUGAACAUGUCAGGAGGACUCAUGAUGGAUACUCAUCGUCGUCAUCACCAGCAACAUCCAUUGGUUAACCCCGAGAUACUCAAGCUCGCAACCUCUCUCUUCUCUCAAAACCAAAACCAAAACCAAAACCAAAACCAAAACCAAGUCCAAAAUCAAAACCAAAACCUUGUGGUGGAUCAUGACUCAAGAACUCUAGAGAAGCAAACAGUGUAUAACCAAACCGGAGUAAACCAAUACCAAACCGACCAAUAUUUCGAGAACAUGAUUACUCAAGAACUCCAAUCUUCCAUGCCGCCAUUCCCCAAUGAAGCUCAUCAGUUUAACGACAUGGAUCAUCACUUCAAUGGUUUUGGAGAACAAACUCUAGCUUCAACUUCGACUACGUCUCUCCAAGAUUGCAAUAAUCCAUCGUUCAACGAUUAUUUAAGUUCUAAUUUUGUAUUAGAUCCUUCUUAUUCGGAUCACAGAUUCAACUUCGCUAAUUCGGUCUUGAACACGCCAUCCUCGAGCCCGAGCCCGACUACGUUAAACUCGAGUUACAUCAAUAGUAGCAGUUGCAGCACUGAGGAUGAAAUAGAAAGCUAUUGCAGUAAUCUCUUGAAGUUUGAUAUUCCUGAUUUCUUGGACGUUAAUGGUUUUAUCAUAUAAUUCCAAGAAAGAAAAUAAAACUCGAGUGGAAUAGAGUUUUCUUUUUAUU